AGCACCAUGCAGAGCUCUUCAUCGUCGUGCCUUCUGGGUUUGCUGUUAGUGGCCGUGUUGAUCGCUGUUCAGGCCGACGGCGACAGGAGUUAUAGCGUGGAACUGAAUUCAUUUGAGCCCAGCAAGGAUUUUGAAAGCAAUGGAAAAUGGUUAGAUUGGGGAUCGUUACGGAUGAAAAAAGUGGGUCGCAACCAGUACACGCUGGCCGGCGAAAUGGAUGUCAAACUGAAUUUGGGUGAUGAGCAGAGGCUCGCCGUUCUAGUCUACACAUACGACUCAGGCGCGAAUCAGAAGGGUCCGUUGGUUAUGAGUGUGAACAAGCCUUUCUGUCAGUUUGUUAGUGAGGAUAAGGAUACAUAUCCCUUUCUGCGGAAAGUAUCGGAUUUGCCCGAUCCUACCGAGUGCCCGUUUCCCAAGGGUCAUUAUACAAUCGACAACUAUAAGUUGGAGACAACGUUCCUGCCCGAUGACGCGCCUAAAGGUGACUACAUGCUGGAGCUGAAUUUGUACGAUCAAGAGGUGCCUGUAGCCAGCAUACUAGCACAGAUAACAUUGACCUAGAAUUAUUUUUGCAUGCCUCUCUUGUGUGUGUGUAUUUUUUUGGGUGGUUUAUCAGCACUACAAGCGUUUCAAAUUGUUCAUAAUAGUUAAUAUUCCGAUACUUCAUUCAAUUAUAGAAAUCUUUUCGCUUUCAAAGACUUUCAAA